AUACUGAAUAUUGGAACGCAGUCGAUGGCUUACGCUACCAGCUUCAAGUUUUGAUUAUCAGUUUGUCUUAACCCCAUUCGUUUAUUAUUUCUAAUAGUUGUCGAUUGAUUCCCAUAUGUGUCGACUCACUAUUUCUAUUGCUCUUGCUUGUUCCAGAUAAUCACUCACAUUGCUGCACAAAUCAUACAAGCACAAGGUGCCUUCUGGAUAAACGCAGAUUUAGCAAAGGCUAAAGUUAAAUGUUUUUAAUACUUUAAAAACUCAGUAUCGUCUUUCAGUUCCGCUUUCCUGAAUCGGAAGCCUGCAUGACUACUGAUUUUUUACAUUACUAUACUUACUAAAAUUUUAUCUUCUGCUUGGUCGUUAUGUCCUCUAGAAUAUUACGUAAAUUAAAGAAGGAUUCCAAUAAUUUGGUUGAUGACAAUGAUGACUGUAGUUAUGAUGAUGAUCCAAUUACCUCAGGUUCUAUUUUCUCCGAAUUUACUAAUUGUCUUUCCUCACAGUUGAUAACUGUCCCUUCCUCUGAUGACGACGUUCACGGUCAAUCUGAAACUUCAAAGUCAAAAAAGCGGAAAAAGAAAAAAACCAAGAAACAGAAAAAGACUGAAACAAUCGACCAAAUGGAUGAUAUUAACCUUUCAAAUGACCCAGAAAUUGCUGAUCCAAAUAAACAAGUGGUAGAUUUGUUGAAAGUAAAUAUCAAGAUGUUGGACCAUGUUGGGGAACUUAGUCGUUUGUUUGGAUCAGAAGUUAUCGGUGGCUCUAAAACAUCUUUACCAAGAAAACGAAGUCGCAUCAAACAUGGUAUUCUUGUGUCGAUUAAGUCCACUUGGCCACCUACCAUUCGCAUUGGUUUGAGUAUGGAAUCUCUAGGUUGUGGUUUGUAUACUUUUGUACACAGUAAAGAGUAUCAAAAUAUCCAGAAGUCAUUUUAUCAUGCUUUAGAAUCCAUGAAUCCAAAUAAUUUGAGUGCUAUAUUGUAUGAAAAUCCUUACCACAUAGAUUCUUUACUACAGUUGAGCCAAAUAAUGAUGCACCAGGAAGAUACGACUGUAGGUACAGAUCUUUUGGAACGCGCACUUCAUGCUUUCCAAUCCGCUUUUCAUCCUUCCUUUAAUCCAGUCAAUGGUUCCUGUCAUUUAGACUUUAAGCGUCAAGUCAAUCGAGGUUUGUUUGUAGCACUUUUUCUCUAUAUCCUGACAAUUGGUGAGCGUGGUUGUCAUCGAAGUGCACUAGAAUACUGCAAGUUGUUGUUAAGCCUUGAUUAUGAAGAUGACCCUUUGGCAGUUCUACUUAUGAUAGAUCGUUAUGCCAUUUACUCCAGACAGUAUUGUUUUCUAAUUGAUUUAUAUGAUAGCCUAAAUGGUUCACGAAACUUGUAUUUACUUCCCAACUUCGGUCUAUCUAUACCAUUGGCUCGCAAGUUGGCUGGUGAAGAUCCAGAGAAAGGUGAUGGGAACAAAAUGAGUGUGGAUGAAUCUUUGCAAGAUGCUUUAAUCAUGUUUCCUGGAUUUGUGUCGCGUUUACUUAAACAUACAAGCAUUGGUGGCAUUAAAAAUCUUGACAAAUCUAUCCUUUUUGGAAAGGAAGUCCUAUUGAGUGAAUCAGAUAGUCUCGGUUGUUUGAUAAGUCUGUAUGUCGCUCGUAUGCAUCCAAUUUGGUCCUCACCUAACGUCCUUCCUUGGUUGGAAAAAAAUAUUGCGACUGUUUUAACUUUGGUGGAGCCUGAACAAUGCCAUCUUUCUAAAUCUACUAUUGACCCACGUCUUUCUGAAUAUUCUAAAAGGCGAAAGGCUCUUUAUCCUGCUUUCCCGCCGAAGAUUUUAAGGCACCUAAUUUUGUCUGAAGUUCCUGAAGCUCCACCUAUCUUACCCAGAAAUUUAACAAGUUCUUCGAUUUAUACAUUCGAUCCUUUCCCACCCAGAGGUUCUAUCAACAUUUACGACCCAGAGGAAGAAAGACGUCGCGUUCGUGGGAAUAUGGCUGGCGUUGGAUUCCUCAGUGGUCUUCUCUCAUCUUUUUUACCAUCAAGCUCUAUAGUUUCUGAAUUGAAUCUCCCCGGUCCUUCUGAUGCAUCAACAGUUAGCGAAAAUAAUUCAGGCAGUGUUGGUGGAAUCAUACGUGCUGCAGCGGAAACUUUUUCCGCCACUCUUAGACAGGUGUUGGAAAUGGUUGAUAUUCGGCUAGCUGGCUUGGAGAACGAACACGUAGAUAAUAAUCAUAGUAAUUCUUCCGAUGACUCAUCUUGACGCCUAAUUCUUGGUUAUUCGCUACUACAUGCAAACGUUCUUUUUUAAAUAAAAAUAACUGGACCCAUUCAGGUUAAUGUAUUACUGUGAUAAAAGGCAUGUGUAUAUGUUUUGAAAUAAAUAAUGCAAUUGUGGUGAAGUGAUCUAA